CAUACAAAACUUGAUGGUGAAUUCAAUAAGGAAUGCGGUUCCUGUUUCACUUUGCGUGCAUUGUAUGUAAAUCCUUUAGAAAAUUAGAUCAAGUGUGUUAUCGGCUCAGGUCACCGCGUAAGAAUGGAUACUGUAAAAAAUGAGAUAAUUUAAAACUCUUGACUGUGAGCACAGACCUGUGUCAAUGAAACCUCAUGAGAGCAGAUGUUGACCUGGAGCUAAUGGAGGUUGUGCUUGAACAAAUGGAGCCUGUCCUUGAACUUGUCAAGUUGCUGAGGAAGAUGCUCCCAAAAGACUCCCCGCCACUGUUAGCACCAAGGCCGAUUGACAUGGACAACGCUAGCAACACUUCCAUGUGCAGCUCUUUUGUAAUCACUUUCUUCACACUCUUUGUACUCAUAGUAUUGAAGCAUGCAUUACCCACCAUCCUUUGCGGUAUCAGACAUUUCAGAGGACGUUUCAAUCAAACAUCAGCACUUCGAAUUGCCAGAAAGCCUCAAACAAACAUCCGAGGCGUCAAAAGGAGUCAGUGUAACAGUAUGACCGAACUUAGAGUGGACAAAGCCAAGAACAGCAGCGUAUGUGCACCGACUCUUCCGAAACACGCAGAACGUAGUUUGGUGAAGAAUAAAGUUUUAACAAGUAAAUCUCAGGUCAAUAAAAUGUUCAGCCCCUUUCUUUCAUGUAUAUCUUUUUCUAGAGUGGGCUCGGACAAAACAGCUCAUAAGAUUACGUCAUUGAAUGCCACUGGAGACUCCCAAACUGAGCGCGGAUGUAACCAACACAACCCAGAGGCACCCAAAGCAGAUUCCAGUUUGAACAUUCAACAGAAAAAGCAGACAAACUAUUUGGCGGAGCUGAAAAUUUCUCCCCAGCUUUUUGAAUGUAAGCCCUCGGAGCUGGUGAUCACGUUGAAGUCGGAAAGUAGCAAGACUAAAACAAGAAGUAACUGGACACAGAGUUUUGACCAAACAAAAUGUAUCCAACCAUUCGCCACGGACACUUUGCGAGUUACUGGAAUGAGAAAACGGGACGAGACGUCUCCAAGCAAGACGUCACCUAGCAAGACUUCUCCAAGCAAGACGUCUCCAAGCAAGACGUCACCUAGCAAGACUUCUCCAAGCAAGACAUUCACUAACAGUAAAAAAAUGUAUCAUGCACAGAGUGCAGUUCCAAGCGUCCUAAAAUGUGAGACCAGCUUGUCAAGUGAAGACUCGGCGUCAAACAGUUUAGUCAGUGUCAAUGACUCUAUAAAACCUAGGGCCAUGUCCAGCUACACAGAGAACGCAGCGUACGUCCAACAAGAUUACUUCACAUCCAAGCAAACUCUGUCACCUCCACCAUACGUCCAACAAGAUUACUUCACAUCCAAGCAAACUCUGUCACCUCCACCAUGCAAGAAAGUUUUGGAACCUUUGAUUUCAAAGGAGACAAGUAGAACAUAUUUUGACAGCUUUGUAAGUGAGAGCAAUAAUUGGGGCGCCGACUAUGACACCAUUCCCCAUUUUGAUGGCUACAAUUACGCCCAAUGGUGUUCUCAAUGUGAAGGCGUCUUGUCCUAUUCUUACCCUAAAAACAAUCCAUUGAAAUAUAAUAGAGCUGACACUCACCGGAGUUCUAGCCUUGUUAACAUCCAAUUAGCCACUAAGAUCGAAGACAAAGUGCUCAAGCAAUUAAAGGAGAUGAAAAGCCGAUACAUGCCUAACUCUACAGAUAAUAUACGUUACCAAGAAGCGAAAUUUAGGUUACUGAAAUUUUUUAACAUCUAUACGCCUGAAAACUUCGUGGCCAGGAGACCAGCGAAAUCACCCCCAGCAGAAGAAGAUACAAUUUACGAUUACGAGCAUGUACGCAUGAUUGAGUCUCUGACGUCACUAGAGGAAGAGAAGCAUUGUCAGCUACAGUAUAGUGAGAGGCUGCAGUGUAGCAAGUAUGGUGAGAGGCUGCUGUGUAGCAAGUCAGAACAUGGAAUAUUGACGUCAUCCUUUCCCUCCGUUAGAGAACUAGAGGCCCUGAAUACAAAUGGACCUAUUGGAAGGCAACUGUAUUCUUAUUUCAAUGAGUUGACUGAUGACAGUAUUGCUGAAAAUAGCAAACAGCAAAGCCUCCUAGCAGAGUGGGGGGACAAACAACUUGAGGUCUUAAAGCAUAAAUGUGUUACUGACUUAAACACUUUGCCGGAAGACUUUUCGGAACUGUGCCAGUCAGAUACAAUGAACAGCAAUGAUUCUGUUCCAUCUGUUUCAAUCAAACUUUCCUCUUUUUUAAAUGCCAGGGAGACGGACUCAAAAGUAACAACAAAAACAGUGACUGAAAAAACUGUGAUCAAUGUUUUCCAACACAAUACCGCCAAUUAUUUGACAGAUUCUCAAAAGUACAACGCAGAUAGCACUGUAGUGGAACAACGAACGAAAUCUUAUUUUCCAAAAGUUAUUGACAUACAUUGCAAACAAACCGCUGGAAACAGGUCACCACAAAUGCUAUUGGUCCCGUCGCUAUCAAAUGGAGGCUCUUUCUCUAGCACCAAUAGCAAAAAAUGCCCGGACCUUAAAAAAUCCCCAUUAAAAAUACCAUCUCCCCAACUGACAAAAAGUGCCAGUCAGACAGUCCAGCAGCGGGUUACUUCAGCCAGAAUUAAAGAAGAUCCAAAAUUAAAAUCGAGCCUGAAAUCAAAAUCUGAUCUCAUGAACAGAUUUAGCUUCAAGAAUUGGAAGCGUGGCGCCUUGAACAAUAUGAAACGUGCAAUGGAAAACAAAGUAAAAACUAAACCGAAACUGAUCGGUUUACCGAAACAAAAUAUCGGCUGUGAGCCAGGCAAAAUCAAAAGCAUAGAGCCGGCAGGAAAGAAACAAACUUGUCCAGAAACUUUGGCAAGUAACAGCUUAGUUCGAGCUAGCUUAGAAAACACAAAACCUCAACAAGCAGCUCUACCAUUGAGCACAUGCACACUGGAUAGUUUAACAACAGGCCAUGACACGCUGGACAGUAACGAAUUUAUUACAGCCGACUUUAUGGACACACGGUCAAGUCAUGAGGUGUGUGAACCUCAAGAGCUCAUUACAGCCGACUUUAUGGACACACGGUCAAGUCAUGAGGUGUGUGAACCUCAAGAUUUCAUUACAGCUCAAUCAAGCUUACAACACUUCGAAGACGCCAAGGAGGAAAGGCUCAACUCAAGGGACCAAUGGAAAACAUUCAAGAAAGAAUUGAAAAACCUAGACUCGCGUCUUCUGAUGAAGCAGCUAAGUAAUGAAAUGAAUGUCUUAAAAUUAUCGCAGCCAAGGCUAAGUGCUACCGAAGGGCCGUCUUACGAAGUGCUGACUGAUUUCCAGUCUUUGUAUAAAGAAGAUAAUUUUCUUCUUUCGACCUGUGGAGAUGAUCGUGGAGAAGAUUAUGGAGAUUAUCUUAGUCUAGUGUCCACGCAAACCCUCUCCGAGCUCGCUAGUUUCAAACAAAGUAGAGGUAUAUCUGAAUUUACAAACGCGUUAGAGACCGUUGUAACAUCCUAUUUGGAUGUUAUAUCGGAAAAAGGUGGGUCAACAGAAAUGAACCAAAGUAUAAUUGACUCCUGCGAGCAUCUGCCUGAAGAUUCAGAGGAUAUACUUGGUGUCAACUAUCAAGUAGCCAAGGAUCAUUCUACUUUCAAGCCCCAAGUCAAAUACAAUAUUGAUCGUUUUCGAAAUAUUGCUGUGCAGUCAGAGAGCACACACCAAAGUAGUUUACCUUUAGAUCAGACCACAGAGAGUGGAGCCCAUACUAGGCCAAUGACACAUUUAGAACUGAACGCUGAAUAUUCAAAUAACUUGAAAACAAACAACUUGAAAUCCCUACCGGAAAAUGUAGAAAAAGAAGAAAAGAGUCUAGAAAAACUAGACAGUACUCUUGAAAGUAAUGAACAUUUGAAACUAUGUCAAAGUUGUAGAACUACAGAUAACACACAAGAUAUUCGCCUUCUAACUCAGAUUUUGGAAACUAUUUCUGAAGAAGUAUUUGCAACGAAUAGAAGCCCAUCGAAUCAGCUAGAUGUACCAUUGGCCAAUCAUAUUGAAUCGACCCCAUCACCUAAGUCUAUGCAUGAAGAAAAAAGUCUCCUAGGAACUAAUCCUAGGUCUACAUCAGAAGCUGUUCAAAAAGUUCCAUCUGUUUUGGAGCUUGGCGAAAAUCUGCAAGCUGUACACGUAGAUGUUGACGAGCCAAAAAGUAGAGCGACUUCCUCAGCUGUACAAAUGAAAAGAUGUCUGACGGACAUAGUAAGAUCAGAGAGACAGGUCAGUCCCAGAAGUAGACAUUCCUGUACACAUUCUCACCUUCCAAGGUUGAAAUUCAGCCAUUUGCACAAAACAAGUGCUCCACCGACAUGUACUCAACAGAGUGCAGAUAAUGAUUCGACUAAACCACGCAGCGGUUCGGAAAUAAUGAUUGAAAGCCAAAAGUUACAAGAUGAAAAGAUACAUGUUGAGAGUUUAAUCAAUGUGGUACGGAGUCUCAGCUUAAGGAAAGCCUCUACGAAACCACCAGACAAUAAACAAUGUCCUAUAGUCAGCCCAAGAAAACAGUCAGUCAACAAUAAACAAUGUCCUAGUGUCAGCCCAAGAAAACAGUCAGACCACAAUAAACAAUGUCCUAGUGUCAGCCCAAGAAAACAGUCAGUCAACAAUAAACAAUGUCUAGAUGUGAGCGCUGAGCAAUUGACAAGAAUUCGAUCCAUGAGCUCGCAAAUGACCAAAACGAAACUAGCCAAAUGGUCCGCUCAUACUUGUCGUAAACCUAGCAUUGAAAAUGUGAUUACUAAGCCGAGUGCUAAUAGUCCAUCGUUAGCCAAAGAUCCUAUAAAUCAAUCAAGUACUUGUAAACAAACAAAUACUCUUGAACAAAUAAGUACUUACGAACAAUCAAGUACUCCUAAACAUCCAAGUUCUCUUGAACAACAAAGUACUCUUGAACAACAAAGUACUCUUGAACAGUCAAGUACUUAUGAACAAAAAAGUAAUCAGGAACAAACAAGUACUCGCGGAAACCCUAAAACUUUUAAUCAACAAAUUAAUCAUGAACAACCAAACACUGGUGAAGCACUAAGUACUCGUCAACAACCAAGAACUCGUCGUAAAUCAAGUACCCUUGAACAACCAAGUACUCGUAAACCAUCAAGUACUCGUCAAUCAUCAAGUUCUCGUGAAACUCAAAGUACUCAUGAGCAACCAAGUACUCAUGAACAACAAAUUACUCUUGAACAACCUUGUCCUCGUGAACAACGAAGUGCUAGCGAACAACCAAGUUCUCAUGAACAACCAAGUACUCGUGAACAACAAAGUACUCAUGAACAACCAAGUACUCAUGAACAACAAAGUACUCGUGAACAACAAAGUACUCGUGAACAACAAAGUACUCGUGAACAACAAAGUACUCGUGAACAACAAAGUACUCGUGAACAACAAAGUACUCGUAAACAACCAAGUUCUCAUGAACAACAAAGUACUCGUAAACAACCAAGUUCUCAUGAACAACAAAGUACUCGUAAACAACCAAGUUCUCAUGAACAACAAAGUACUCGUGAACAACAAAGUACUCGUAAACAACCAAGUUCUCAUGAACAACAAAGUACUCGUGAACAACAAAGUACUCGUGAACAACAAAGUACUCGUGAACAACAAAGUAUUUGUGAACAACAAAGUACUCGUGAACAACAAAGUACUUGUGAACAACAAAGUACUCGUGAACAACCAAGUUCUCAUGAACAACCAAGUACUCGUGAACAACAAAGUACUUGGGAACAACCAAAUACUCAUGAACAACCAAUUACCCCUGAGCAAUCAAGUGUUAAUAAAAAACAAAGUUUUCGUAAACAAAUAACUACUCAUGAGCAACAAAGUACUCAUAAACAAACAACUAAACGUGAACAAAUAAGUACUCAAAAACAACCACUUUCUCACGAAAGAAAGAAACAAACGAAGCUAAAUGUACCCAAACGUAACCUUUGUACUCAAGCUAAAUCUAGCGGAGACAUCUCAUUACGAAAUAAACAAUGGAAAGAAGUUGAAGCAGUAAAUACGAAAUUAAAACCAAAGAGCCAAAUCAAAGCUCCUCAAUUACCUCUAACAAAAAACACACGUCCAAAAGAGUCCCGCUCUAAAGGCAAGGAAGACACUCCAGCAAAAGGCCACAGCGAUUCGCUAAUGCUUCAGUCAAAUGCCUGUACAUCAUCUUCGACUAUGACGCCCAGACACACACAGAGUGAUAGUGCUAAGCCUUGUAGAAAUGGAACAAAAUCUACUAGCAUUAUAUCCAAAAAGUUUAUCCUCCCAAAAAUCCAUAGGCAGGAUAAAAGCUCGCUUUCGGGACACCAGAACAAACAAUCUCAAAAGCAGUCUGCCACAGCCACGAGCACACAGAAACACAAACAGACCAAAACUGCUGUGGAAUGUAGUUUGUUAGGUGAGGUGAAACAUUGCAAUGAGGCUAGGAAGUCCAAAGCUAUGGCUCAAGAAUUCGACCCAAAACAAACUCCAUCGUUUCAAAGGAAACUUCAGUUUCUUGUCAAGACUAACAAAUGUGUUUGUAAGAGUGCACUACAAGCCAAACAUGUUCUUGCAUUAAUUAAAAGAUCAAACGAUGUUAUCAAUAACAAGAAAGUUGUUCUGACUCCAAGCAAAACGGAGAAUGGACAAACAAAUCAGAGUGGGCAAAGCAACGCAAAAAAGCAAUGCAAAAAAAUGUUGAAAUCAACCAGAGUUGAGAAAAGUUCUCACAAGAAACUUGAGCUUGUCCGAAGCUCAAGCUCCGUGAAGUCUGAAUCGACCAAAAUCUCCAACAUUCUAAUCCCCACCAAAAGUUUACUGUUUAAAAAACACAGGUUGAAAUUGAAAUCAAAAUCUUUAAAUAGCAACGUGCCCACUGCAAACAAUUUUACACACGGUCAUGUUCAUCAGCUUGAGAAGUUAAAAAAGUUUUACUCAGAUCAUCAAGUCAUUGACGUUCUGAAGAGUAAAUCCUUGAACUAUCUAAAAAGCAAUUUGCUAGCCAACAAAUCAACCGACGUAUGCAUAAUUCAUUCAACAUCUACCAUUCAGCUACAGGGUUUGUCUCAGUUUGAUAUGCUUCAUAAGGUAUGCAGCUCCCAGAAGAGAAAUGUUGAUGAAGAUGCGUGUCAGGAAGUUGAUGUUAAGAGUUCCAAAUCGAGAUACGAAAACUCCACGGCGACUCGAAUAUUCCAAAAUUCGGUUUCUGAAAAUUUGGAACAAAUCAAAUUCAACCAGAACCUGAGUAUUUUUGAAAAUUCUAUCAAAAACAUUCCUUCCACACAAGUUGUGCCAAGCAAGGAAGAUAGACAUUUGAUCAAAGUAAAUCCUCUUGGCAAUGGGCUCAACCAACAAAUCGACUUUGCGACAUCCUACAGAACUGCUGAAAGAGAUGCUCAGUCCACAACAGACCAAAAGCAAUCAAAGCAGAAACAUAUUUCUGGCGCGCCUUCCAAAACUUCCUACAACACAAUCAGUUUUAUUUCUAAUGAGAAUUUGAAAACUGCAACAGCUGGAGAUGAUACCAUAGUUAAUACUUUAACAGCUGGGUGUGACAGGAUUGAUACUACGUUAACAGCUGGUUGUGACAGGAUAGAUACUACUUUAACAGCUGGUUGUGAGAGGAUAGAUAAUAUAUUAAGAGAUGGAGACGAAAGGGAAGAGAAACCAUCUAUUUCCGCAGAGACAGCGAAACUGAGAGAGACAAGUGGAAGAGCUUUGAACCAAACGCUUGAAGUAAUUAAUGUGUGCAAAACAAGCCGUUCCUUGUCUUCCUCUGAAAAUACCAAAUCUGUCUCUCAAAUCGGAAGCGGUGAAAGCAAUGGCUUGUCUCGACCAAACACAUUGAGAUCCCUUGAACAGAGCCCCACUUUAUCUAUUCCAAAACCAAGACAGCAAAAUGAAAUUACACUUGUCACUGCAUGUUCAGUCCAAGGUCCCGGGGCCCAGAACAGCGAGGAAUUUUCCGACGAGUCACACUCCUCACAGCUGUGCAAUUUCGAUACCAUUAAAUUAUCAUUGCUUGAAAAGGAGGUCGAAACAUCAAAGCCAGUGGAUCUUGAAAAGGAGGUCACAUUAACAAAGUCAAUGGAUCUUGAAAAGGAGGUCACAUUAACAAAGUCAAUGGAUCUUGAAAAGGAGGUCACAUUAACAAAGUCAAUGGAUCUUGAAAAGGAGGUCACAUUAACAAAGUCAAUGGAUCUUGAAAAGGAGGUCACAUUAACAAAGUCAAUGGAUUUAUUACUUGAAAAAGAAACCAAAACAUCAAAGCAAGUGGAACUAUUGGUUGAAAAUGAGGCCGAAAGAACUAAGCCCAAUGAUCCAUUGGUUGAAAAGAAGUCCAAAUUAACAAAGCUGAAGGAUUCAUUGGUUGAAAAGAAGUCCAAAUUAACAAAGCUGAAGGAUUCAUUGGCUGAAAAGGAAACCGAAACAAUGUUCAUGGAUAAAAAUACAACUCCAAAGCAGCUACCAAAAUAUUGCAGCCACAUUCAACACACACCAAAGACCAGUACCCAAACAUUCGACCCUAAACAAUUCAUAUAUCCAGAGGAGCAAGAACUAUCACCAAAAGAAAAACAGCUUCCAGAAUAUUGCAGCCACAUACAACACACAUCAAAGAGCAGUACCCAGAUAUUGUACUCUAAACAAAACAUGUAUCCAGAGGCACAAGAACUAUCACCAAAAGAAAAUCAAAUUUCAUUUACAACACCUGACAAGUUGUACCUAAAACUGAGAGCAUUACAAGCAGAUGAUUGUGUCCGUGACACUUUGAAGGAGUCGCAGAUACACACACAGGAAUGUGUGGAUACCAAUCUGAUCAUAAAUAGCCCACACUCACUUCAACUUAUCUUGGAUGAAUUUAUCAAAAGUCCUUUAAAUCAACCGUUGCCAAAAAUAAAUAUUAUAGAGACCAAAUUACAGCGCAAUGUAACUACUGCACAGAAAGCAGAUCAACAGUUUGAAAAUUAUCACGAAGUCACGAGCUCAUUUCGUACUUCCGUUUUAAAACAUGGUUCCCAAAUAAACCCAGAAACUUAUUUGGUUUCUACUGUAGCUAAAUCUCAACAAUUAUUAUUAGAGCCCAACUCUAGAAAUGUUUACUUUGUUUCAAACCCAUCAAAAACAAGUGAGCAGGCUGAUUCCAAGACUACACUGUGUACAAACUCACAAGGAGGGCAGUGGAAGAAAACUAUGGAGAAGAUUAAAGAAAAAUUACAACGUGAACGCUCCAAGAAAGAUAACAGCUCACUGACAAAAAAUGAUUCAGCUUUGUUACAGGUCUUAGUAUGUACCGAGGAAAAAGAUACUAUUCCAGUAAGGCCAUCAAACUCUGCAAAUGAUUUGACAACAGAAUUAACUUUAGUGCCAGAGCUUUCAAGUGGGACUCGGGACAUAAAGGAAUUAAGUUUAGAAAGAAAAAGAAUUAGAGCAGAUACGAGUCCUUUGACUACCAAGAAAAAAAGAAGAAUUUUAGUCUCUGAUCACAGCAAAAAGAAGUUGAAACAUCGCCAAAAAAUUCAGACCAAAAACUUGGCUACAAAACUUGCACAAAGUCAUACAUUAUUCAUUUACCAGCAAACCGCUACUAGCCCAGAGGUCAUUAGGAAUGAGUCAAUGGCAGACGUAUCUAUCGUGGACAAACAAAGUUUAGUCAUUGCUAUUCAUAAAGCUACAGAAAGGUCCGAGACUGAGAUCCCAGAACAAAAUCAUUGUUCCUCAAGAGAUGUCCAUUUACCAACAAUUGUAUGUAGUAAUAAAGACAGUCCACAUUCAAAAGACUUGCAAGUAAAUGAGGCGCCUAGAGAUCUGGAGAGUCUUUUGAAUCUGGAACUCACAAACAUGGACGAGGGACUAGAAAGCAAUUUUUAUUUCGACACAAAGCACCUGUUUAGCAGACAGUGCAGAGGCACCCACACUUUGAGCAGGCAUAGAAAAAAAGCUAGUCAGCUUACAGGCUCGCUGGCCAAUCACUUGACAAGUUCUAGGGAGAAUGACGUGAAAAGAUACAACAGCGGAUUCAAUGUUCAGAGUAAGGGAAGUGAACUCACUCAAACUCAACUAAGGGACAGAACUAACGUCAGACAGUGUGAGACGUUUCGUAUCGCUGGUUCCAAAGCUACUGAUAAUCAAGUACCUAAAAAACUUAACGAGUUUCUUCAGAGCAGAGGUUCUACUGACUUCUACCUCCAGCAGGUGUCCAGGUCCAUAGGGUCGACAGUGACUAACAGUACGCAAUCAAGCGAAGACGAGGAGAGACUAAUAGCGGUUUUGGAGCAGCCUCUUAGAAAAAAUCACAGCCGUAGCAGGGGGAAGACUGCUGCAUCAUCCGACAGUUCCAAGCAGGCUUGGCUUUGCCAAACUUGUUUAUCACAGGAGAGUGAAGAUCCUAAAGAAUUUCUCGAUGUUGGUUUCAAACAAGGAACUGUCUCUGGAUCAUACAGUGCAGUGAAAGUGCUGACACAAUCGGAACUAAUAACUACCAAUACAGAGAAAGAGAGCAUUGAAGUCAACAGUGAUCAGUAUAUUCAGUGUACUGUUCCCUGCGAUGCUGUAGUGAAAUAUGAUAUCGUGGCAGAAGAGGAUGAGACCACAUCUUUGGUUGCCACAAAACCUUCAUCGAAGAAAACUGAUUCUUUAGGCCAACACGAUAUUGAAAUGUCUGUAAAAUAUGACACUGGAAUUCCAUUGAAUUACGGCAGAUAUAAGAAUAAUAUGCCAGUUAGGCUUAAUAGUUUUGUGUCACUUAGACAGGAUUGUGACGUGCUAGUCACACAUGACUUGGAUGUUACAGUCAAACAUGACAGGGUUGUGUCAGCCAAACAUGACAGGGAUGUGGCAACCAAAUAUGACAGGGAUGUGACAGCCAAACAUGACAGGGAUGUGGCAGUCAAACAUGACAGGGAUGUGUCAGUCAAACAUGACAGGGAUGUGGCAGCCAAACAUGACAGGGAUGUGUCAGUCAAACAUGACAGGGAUGUGGCAGUCAAACAUGACAGGGAUGUGGCAGUCAAACAUGACAGGGAUGUGGCAGUCAAACAUGACAGGGAUGUGGCAGCCAAACAUGACAGGGAUGUGACAGUCAAACAUGACAGGGAUGUGUCAGCCAAACAUGACAGGGAUGUGUCAGCCAAACAUGACAGGGAUGUGGUAGCCAAACAUGACAGGGAUGUGGCAGCCAAACAUGACAGGGAUGUUACAGCCAAACAUGACAGGGAUGUGGUAGCCAAACAUGACAGGGAUGUGGCUGUCAAACAUGACAGGGAUGUGGCAGUCAAACAUGACAGGGAUGUUACUGCCAAACAUGACAGGUCUGUGUCAGCCAAACAUGACAGGGAUGUGGUAGCCAAACAUGACAAGGAUGUGGUAGCCAAACAUGACAGGGAUGUGGUAGCCAAACAUGACAGGGAUGUGGCUGUCAAACAUGACAGGGAUGUGACAGUCAAACAUGACAGGGAUGUGGUAGCCAAACAUGACAGGGAUGUGGCAGCCAAACAUGACAGGGAUGUUACAGCCAAACAUGACAGGGAUGUGGUAGCCAAACAUGACAGGAAUGUGGCAGCCAAACAUGACAGGGAUGUGGUAGCCAAACAUGACAGGGAUGUGGCUGUCAAACAUGACAGGGAUGUUACAGCCAAACAUGACAGGUCUGUGUCAGCCAAACAUGACAGGGAUGUGGUAGCCAAACAUGACAAGGAUGUGGUAGCCAAACAUGACAGGGAUGUGGUAGCCAAACAUGACAGGGAUGUGACAGUCAAACAUGACAGGGAUGUGGCAGUCAAACAUGACAGGGAUGACAAACUCAACAUUGACGUUUCAAUUACAAAAGAUCGAGACUUGAUGGCCAUUCGCGAUAUGGAUUUUACUACUAAACGAGAUAGAGAUUUGAAAAUAAAACACGAUAGAGGUGAUGUAUCACUCAAACAUCACAGAGAUGUGUCAGACAGAGAUGUGUCACUCAAACAUCACAGAGAUUUGUCAGACAGAGAUGUGUCACUCAAACAUCACAGAGAUUUGUCAGACAGAGAUAUGUCACUCAAACAUCACAGAGAUGUGUCAGACAGAGAUGUGUCACUCAAACACCACAGAGAUGUGUCAGACAGAGAUGUGUCACUCAAACACCACAGAGAUGUGUCAGACAGAGAUGUGUCACUCAAACACCACAGAGAUGUGUCAGACAGAGAUGUGUCACUCAAACACCACAGAGAUGUGUCAGACAGAGAUGUGUCACUCAAACAUCACAGAGAUUUGUCAGACAGAGAUAUGUCCCUCAAACAUCACAGAGAUUUGUCAGACAGAGAUGUGUCGCUCAUACAUCACAUAGAUGUGUCAGACAGAGAUGUGUCACUCAAACAUCAAAGAGAUGUGUCUAAUAGAGAUGUGUUAUUCAAACAUGACCGGGAUGUGUCAGUCAGAGAUGUGUCUGAAAGAGAUUUGUCACUCAAACAUCAAAGAGACGUGUCUGAAAGAGAUUUGUCACUCAAACAUCAAAGAGACGUGUCUGAAAGAGAUUUGUCACUCAAACAUCAAAGAGAUGUGUCUGAAAGAGAUUUGUCACUCAAACAUCAAAGAGAUGUGUCUGAAAGAGAUUUGUCACUCAAACAUCAAAGAGAUGUGUCCGAUAGAGAUUUGUCACUCAAACAUCACAGAGAUGUGUCAGACAGAGAUAUGUCACUCAAACAUCAAAAAGAUGUGUCUGAUAGAGUUGUGUCAGUGAAACAUGACAGGGAUGUGCCAGUCAAACAUGACAGGGAUGUGCCAGUCAAACAUGACAGGGAUGUGUCAGUCAGAGAUGUGUCGAGCAAGCAUGACAGGGAUAUGUUAGUCAAACACGAUAGAAAUGCGUUCAUUAAACGUCCCAAAGAUAGAGAUGUAUUGAUCAAAUACACUGAUGAUGUGAUAGUCAAACAUGAUAGAAACAUGUCAGUUGAACAUGAUAGGAACAUGUCAAUCAAACAUAAGAAAGAGAAAUUAAUGAAAAGUAAAAGUUUUGCGUCAGUCAAACGUGACACUGAUUCGUCAGACAAUAAUGGAAGCUGUGUGUCACUCAACCGAGGUAGUAGUCACUUGUCAAUCAAAUAUAAUAAAGAUGUUUCAGUCCUCUAUGACAAUCAUGUGGGAUCCAAAAGUGAUGUGACUCUUAAACAUAAAAAUGACAUUUCAAUCAGUCAUCUGACACAUUAUAUAACUAAGUAUGAAAGGGAUGUAUUUGGUAGACAGAACAUUGCUUCUUUACCUACCUCUGACACUAAUAAACUAAUACAAUUAAAAGGGUUUCCAUCUCUCAGUUCUAAUAAAGAUAUUUGUGUUACAAAUGAGAGUAAUGUCACAGUUCAUCAAGGUAGGGAUGUGCUCAUUCAUAAAGAUAGAGACGUGGAGAAAGACACGACAGACAAAGUUUCAGCAGUGAAUAUUGCCAUCCACUCCGAUAUGUUAUGUCCUUCAUUUAUUGAUAUGGGCACAAAGCCAAAUAUUGUCAUGAACGUAGGUCGAGACACAAAGAAUGCCUACUUGCUGAAGUCUCCAGGAUUUGAUCUAGAGUCCCGGCCAAAUUCUUUCUCAAGCAUAGGUCGAGACUUAAAGGAUGCCCACUUGCUAAAGUCUCCAGGACUUGAUCUAGAGACGUGGACAAAUUCUUUCUCAAGCAUUGGUCAAGACAUAAAGGAUGCCCACUUGCUGAAGUCCCCAGCACUUGAUCUAGAGUAUCGGCCAAACUCUCUUUCGAACCAUAGCCGAGAAACACAUGAAGUCCACUUUUCAGAAAUGUUUCUUACGCAGUCAACUAUCGACAAGAUCUAUGCAGAAAACGACAGGUCUCCAAUGGAAGACAUGGAGGCAGUCGAAAAGCAGAGGAGCAAUCCGUCUACUAGUUCAAGCUCCAUCGUACUCAGUUGGAUAGGAAGUGAUAUCUCUCAGACUGACAAUGUCCUUGCUGGGGCCGAGUCUAACGCCCAGGAUGUGGACUGCUCAGCGAGUGAGAAGGUUCUCAAAAAAAUGGGCAGUUCAACAAGCACCGGUCUAACAGUACACGUUGCCAAGGACUAUUGCCAGAUCAGAUACAAUCAAAGCAACAUUGCCCAGAUAAAGAUUGACCCUAUCCUGAAUUAUAACAAGACACGUAGCAAUGCUUACAUGCAAAGCACAUGUUGGGAUGACCAAGAAACUAACCAAGCCGCGAAAAACAAAGUUGAGACGCCGAUCGCUUUUUCCUUACAGCAAGACGGGAUGAAAACUAUGAUAGUUAAGUCAGUUGAUGAAUCGAAAGAAGCAACCAAUCACGACUCGUCGGUGGAUCAUGCGGCAUUGUUUCAUAGCAACCAAAAAUCUUGCCUGAUAGGGUUUCCGUUCACCUGUGUUCAGAAACAAGAUUCUUUCUGUGCCUUACUCUCUAACUGUCGCUCGUCUGGUAAGAGAACUUACAACAGAUUUGGUUAUCCUCACAGCAAGGUUCUCUCUUAUCAAAGGAACAAGUCAGAAAACAUGACGCAGAUCAAAACUAAGAUUAAGUCAGAACAAACUCAAGCUUCCGAUACUGUUUUAAACUCGUCUCACGGAAGCAAGAUCGUGGACUCAGAAAAAGAGUGUGCAAAGCAGGCACCACCAAGAAAAGACAACUCUACAAAACCCGAGAAAGAACGAGAUUAUAAAACACGCGAACAAAUCAAACAUAAAUUUGAUCCAAACAAACGACUUCGAAAAGUUUUGCCGUUGAAUCCAUCCACAAGUCUAAAACUUGCAGAAAACACGGUGCACCUACCUCAACAGAAACAUUCUCCAACUUCGGAAAAUUCUCCUUCGGCUAGAUCGUGCAAUUCUUCCAAGACACGACUUUCUUCUUUGGGAUUACGUACUCAUUCGACAGCUUUAAACUAUAAAAAGCCUGACUGUGAACCAGGGAGUGACAGGACAAGGUCCACACCUCAAUAUGUCCCUCAGCUUUGGCCUGUGACAGACAAUCUGUCUUGGCCGCUGACUUCGCAAUGCAUAGCAAAUGAGGUGCCAAAUAACAAAGAUUCUCUCAGCGAGCCCGUAAAUUGUACUAAUAAUAAGACCAUUCAAUCCGAGACAAAUACUGCCACAGAGAAUAAUUCAACGCUUCAGAUGCACCCACAACGGAAACCCCGGGAAGAAACUUUCGUUUUAGAUAAUGUAGCUUCAACUACGACGACAGUUAAAACUAUCGUUGAAAUGUUUGAGAAAAGAAAGAAGUCCUAGGUGCUACUACUGAGGCUUGAAUGACGACAAAACUCAAUGGAUCACAUCUGUGGUAAUGGUAAUAACUACCUGCUAGUUUGUCUGUCACCCAUUGUUUGUUUAUUGUAUGCAGAAAGAACAGAGAAAGAGUUCAAUGAAAUGUUUGGACUCAGGUUUUACCCAAGAACAAAACCCGAAAAUAAAAUAAAUUAAUGAAGGUGA